CUUACCGUUUCCCUUCCACGUCACGCAUGACGCUAAUCCCAACACCAAUUUGUACUCUCCCCGUCAAACACGUAACGCCGUUCGUUACUUUCCCGUUAGGCCCAUCUUCGGCCCAUUUCACACUCGUUACUAGUCGCUCCAAGGUCUUCUUCAACACAACGCAUUCUCUCUCUCUCUCUCUCUAACUUUCUCUUCCUCAGUUUUUUCUUCUUUUUCCGAUUCCUUUUUAUUUAUUCGCGUUUUCUCACUCCUUUUCUGUUCCUACAAAAUAUUUCAUCUCUCUUGCAUUGAUGUCGGAAAAGGGUCCUCCACUACCCAAAUUCGGUGAAUGGGAUGUCAACGAUCCAGCCUCAGCUGAGGGGUUCACAGUGAUUUUUAAUAAGGCAAGGGAUGAGAAAAAGACAGGUGGCAAUACCGAGUCACCAGGAAAGACUACUACUGAACCUCAAAGCAAACCUGCAUCAGAUCCCGGCAAACCUCAGAGUAAAAAAUGGUUUUGCUGCAUUCAAAACCCUCCUGCAGAAUCAUAACAAUGCGGCGGCUAGUGAAACAGAAGACCAAUAUUUAUGUGUAACUAGCUCCACAGUAUUUUCUGAAAGAUAGGAGCUGUAAAAGUGAGUUGCAAUGGGUGAAAGCAAAGAAGAGAAAGUAUUAUUUAUAUAUAUGUGUGUAAUCAGUGUUGUGGUUUAUGAUUAGGAUCCGAGGUUGCUUAUCACACUGUACUCCUUGUAUUAUCAAACGAGUCCUAUUGUAUUAAUGCAUUUUAUUCCUUUGAUUUUA